UCGUAUUAUUAGCUAAUAUUUCUAGAAAGCGCGUAUUCUCAUUGGUUAUAGAGAGUGAAUUCUUCAGUUCCCGGCAGGUGGCGCGUUCACGCGAGCUUCUUAUUGGUCAGCGAUGACUUUUGAGAUAACAUGGCGGCGAUCGUCGCGCGGUGCGCACAUCGUAAACGCAAGCACGGUCAGUAGCCUGCGCGACUUCGUAACGUUAGUGUCGGUGUUGUGAUUUGGCUAAACCUCGGGUCGAUUUAACGGUGACGGAGGUGCGGUCAGUCGAUGCUAUUUCGAGUUACGAGCGCGCAAAAUGGCGCCAACGCGUGUAAUUCUGAUGUCGUGCGGCAGCUAUAACCCACCGACAAACAUGCAUCUGCGAAUGUUCGAAAUUGCUCGAGAUCAUUUGCAUCGAAUGGGUACAUAUAUUGUUGUUGGUGGAGUGAUUUCACCGGUGCAUGAUGCAUAUGCCAAAAAGGAACUGGCUAAUGCGACACACAGAUGUGCAAUGUUGCGAUUAGCAUUGCAGAAUAACGAUUGGAUUCGACUGAGUACAUGGGAGACUAGACAAAACUGUUGGACCAAGACUCGCUUGUGCUUGCAACACCACCAAAAUCUGCUUAAUUCCAUGCUAUGCAAUUCCAAUGAUAUCAAACAUCACUUGCAGAUGGAUGACACAGAAUGGAUUCCAGAGAAUGUUAAAAACAGUUCAGAUAAUACACCAAUACAAAUCAAAUUAUUGUGUGGUGCAGAUCUCUUGGAAAGUUUUGGCAUUUGUGGACUAUGGCUCGACGAAGAUAUUGAUGCUAUCGUUGGCGAGCAUGGUCUUGUGGUUAUUACUAGAGAAGGUUGCAAUCCUAACAGGUUUAUCUAUGACUCGGAUAUUCUCUCCAAGCACAUGCACAAUAUCUGUAUCGUAACCGAAUGGAUUCCGAAUGAAGUUAGUUCGACGAGAAUCAGACGAGCUCUGAAGCGCAGUCAGAGCGUCAGAUAUCUGCUACAGGAUUCCGUUAUUGAUUAUAUCUAUAAACAUGAAAUCUUUGAUGCGAGAGCACCAAAUACAACAAUUAAGUUGGAACUGCCGUCACCGAACGCGAACAAUUAUCUGCACAUAGAUCCCCGAUAUCUAACCGCGUUCCUAACGCCGUCACCCAGCGAUGUGACUAUGGACUCGCCGAGCCCGAUCGAGAUUGCCGCGUCCAUUGACGUACCGGACGCGGUGGUGCUUCGCAAAAAUCUGCAGAAUACGGGCAGUGGUGGCGGGCUCGACGAGAUUCGCGAGCACAUCAUAAACGCGAUCAGCAACAACGCCGACAACGGUAACGUCAAGCAUAUAGCUAGAGCCGCGUAUCCCGGUCAGGCGAAACAGGUCAUCGCCAGCGAAACCGGCGUCAUGCGAAUCGUAGACGAGGAUACGACAAAACCUGCAUGCCUACUAUAAGACAGAUAGUUGACUGUCUUGUUGCUGCACGACCAAUCCGAACCUGCGGCCCCCGGCUUCUUCUUUCUGCUAUAAACUCUAAUCGCGCUAUUAAUGAUCUUAAUCAGGACACUAGCAAAGCUGCCAGCAUU